UUUUUGUCUGAAUGCGUCUCCCAAAUUAGCUAAUACCUGGGACACGAGAAUUUCAUUGUUACUUUCAUACUCAAUCGGUAUUUUUAUUUUAUUUUGCAUAUGAAAUAGGUGUUUAAUUUCAUUACCUGUGAAACAAAUCGAUUAGUAUUUGCAAAUGGAGUAAAGCUUCCAUUCAUUAAAAAAAAGAAAAGGCGCACGCGCUUUCCGUUCGUUUGCAACUUACAAUUUUCCACCAUUGUUUGUGACUCACAUAAAAUUAUUUGUUUUUCUAAAUAUAACUAAUUUGGGAUAGUAAGCUUGUCUUUUCGGCAUCUUAAACCUUACUCUUGCAGUCUUAUCAAUUAGCCCCCUCCCGUCUGUAACAGCCUCUUAAACCUGGGUCUGAUAGGGUAGACAAGCGCGGGGAUAAUAGAAGGCGAAACCGCUUUCAGCCGGAUUCUUGUGUGGAGGAGCUGGUUGGCUCGGACUUUAUAUUAAGCGGUUUGCUGAGUCUUUGCUGCAGCAUCCUUUUAGAUCGAUCUGUAUGUGCGAGUCGUUAGAAGCAUGUGCAGUUGUUUUAAAAAAUAACGCUAUCAGGCUUGUAUAUACGGGCAACUUCUUUAUCGUGCGUCUGUAUUAAUAAGACAAAAGAGGUGCACGCGUGGAGCCCUUUUCGCCUGUGUUACUGGGUACACUGCGAGGACAUUCUCAUUUUAUUGACCAGACCCACUGGCUUUUGUUCAUCCUAGUUUGUUUUCAGGUUGUAGCUCAUCUUUUUAUCGGAGCUACGAUCCUUAGUAGCGCAGUACAGAAACGGAGCAUCUGGGUCCUUAGCCUCUAAAAGAGAGCCACCACUUUUCCGAAAAUGUGCACCCGGCUUUGGUUCGUCACUGACCGCAGGAUCUUCGAAGAUUACCCCCAGAGAGAGAUCUACAGAGCUCUGCAGUCCCGCUGUACUGAUGAGGAGAUUGAGUUCAGGCGGGUCCUGAUGGACGAGAUGGUUAUUACCAUUGAAAUGGGUAAUUUAGGUUUACGGAUCAAUGGUGAAUCUGUUACAGCCUACCCACAAGUGGCAGUAGUACGUGUUCCUACACCCUGGGUCCAGAGUGACAGUGAUAUCACUGUGCUAAGGCACCUGGAGAAGAUGGGCUGCCGACUAAUGAAUAGACCCCAGGCUAUCCUAAACUGUGUUAACAAGUUCUGGACAUUUCAGGAACUUGCAGGCCAUGGGAUCCCUUUACCAGACACUUUUUCUUAUGGUGGUCAUGAUAACUUUGGAAAGAUGAUUGAUGAAGCAGAAGCUUUGGAGUUCCCAUUGGUGGUUAAAAAUACAAGGGGACACAGAGGAAAAGCUGUAUUCCUGGCCAGAGAUAAACCUCAUCUCUCUGACCUCACACAUCUAAUCCGCCAUGAUGCUCCAUAUUUGUUUCAGCAGUAUGUUGAGGAGAGCCAUGGACGUGACAUACGUGUCAUUGUGGUAGGAGGGAGAGUAGUAGGAACAAUGCUGCGUUGCUCCACAGAUGGCAGGAUGCAAAGCAAUUGCUCACUUGGUGGUGUUGGAAUGAUGUGCACCCUAAGCGAACAGGGCAAGCAACUUGCCAUCCAAGUUUGCAAUAUCCUAGGCAUGGACGUCUGUGGGAUUGACUUGCUGACCAAGGCAGAUGGUUCUUUCAUGGUGUGUGAAGCAAAUGCUAAUGUGGGUUUUAUUGCAUUUGACCGUGCCUGCAGCUUGGAUGUAGCUGGAAUAAUUGCAGACUAUGCCCUGUCCCUGCUUCCUUGCCGUGGCCUACUUACUAGACGCAUGUCUCUCCUCUCUGUGGUGUCCAGCACUAGCAGUGAAGUCAGUGAAGAAGCAGAUGGUCAGGGAACAGUGGGCCUCCUUCCAGGAGAUAAUUUGUCCAGUGCUUCAUUGGACAGCAAUGAGGAGAUGCAGUCAGCAGGGUUUAACAUCAACUUUAAUCAACUGAAACUUCUGGUAGAAUGAAGUGUUUUAGGGGUAAGGACUGAUUCUAGAAUAACUGGCUACACCCAUUACUUCAAAGCUUUUUUUUUUUUUUUGUUAUAUAUAUAUAUAUUUUUUUUGUUUUGUUUUUUAAAUACACUAGUGGCUUGACCCUAGUGAAAUGAGUGGCAUGAGUUUCUGUAUGGAACUUUUUUAGUGUUUAUCUGUUAAUGUGUUUAUUUUCAAAAAUCCUAAUCGCUUCUGAGUGACUGAAAUGGAAAUAGAGGUUAACAGUCUUAUUUUAAAGCUGCUAGUGUCAAUGUGAAUGCUGAUAUUCUGAACACUGACAAAUACACCCAUAAUUGUGUCUGGGGAAUUUGAGCCGUACUCUGCACACUUUAAAAAGCUCUGAAGGCUUUUAAGAUGCUUUUCCCCUUCCCACUCCACUAGAAGAAUCCCGUUUUAAUUUUCUGUGGCCUAAGGUCAUGUAAGGAGAUCUUAUUUUUAAUUAUAAAUCUAUCAUUUUAAAGUGGUUAGGUAUGCUUAAUUACUGGCGUGUCUUCAGCUGUACUACAUAAUGAAGUCUCCUCCCAUCUGACAAUUUACCAUGUAACUCUUAAGAUAUUUGCUGCAGCAGUUUCCUGUUUUGAACCUAAAUUGGAAACAUUGUGCAGUUUCUUGGAUAUUACAGAUAUUUGGUUUUGAAAAAGGUUUAUGAAUAAAAUACAGCCUUUACAGUUUAUGCAGACAUUUCUCUAGAAGGUCAUAUCUUUCCAAUGGCUCUGAUAAACCACUUUAUUUUUAAAGACCAGCUUAAUUGAAGUAAAUUUUUACUCAUUUGUCCUUUAGCUUUUAAAUAUAAGGUUUGGUGUUGGGGUUUUUUUUUAACCUCCCAAGGUAAAACCGUUCACCCCUCACAACAGUGCUGGUCUAGAGAUGUGAUGCUAUGGUUCACAUGGACAUUCCUAAUCAUUGUUAACACUAAAUUAUGGAUUUUUUUUUUUUAAAAUAAGCUCCCUACUUUUUUUCCCCACAUCCCUACUUUAGUAAGACUUCUCAAUAUCGAAUUAGAAUCCAGGUGUAAGCAGAACAGGGCUCUGCAUCCACAUGCUGCUUGUUUCCAUUUUUAUAUCAAGUCCGUUUAAAAAAAAAAAACAAACCAAUCAGUUUUCCUACUGGUAACUUAAGAAAAAAAAAAGAAAGCCUCCAGCAUUGUGGUGGAAAAUACUUUUGAUGAACUUAUGGCAUUAUUUUAUAUCAUAACUUAUUAUUAAAUUUUUUUUUUUUUUUUUAUUAUAAAUGUUGAGCUGCAAAAUGGCUUUCUUGGGUAUUACAGGUAGCAGCUGGGCACAUUUUCUGAAUGCUUUUUGAACAGUGAGCUGCUUCAUUAACAGAUUUCAAGGUCCAUAUUCAGGUGCAUCAGACAAAUUUUAUCUUAUGGGUUGGAUUGUGUGUCACAGUGUGGAAAAUUUUUAAGCAAAUAUUGUAAAUACAUGAUAGAAGGGGAGGAGUAAAAAUUAUGCAUUUAAAUCUGUUUCCUGUUUACCCUUGCCAGAUUGCACUGUAACUACUAUAUUUAUUAAGCUGCUUUUACCACCUGCUGAAGAUAAAAAUCUGCUUGUCUUGAUUUUGAUAUGCACUUUAGUGAGCCCAGUUUCUGUAUAAAUUCUAAAUUAUUUGUUAAUGCAAAUGUAUCUACAAACACUACAGUUAGCAUCUGUUUCUGCCCAAACCAAAGAUUGGGAUGUGAACCAACAAUUUGGAAAGCACAGCAGUCACAUUUACUAAACACUAAAGUACAAGACACUAAAGUAUUAGACUGGGUCUAAAUUUGUGCAGCAUGAAACAUACUGCUACAAAGCAUGCACAGUUAAAAAUACAAAUGUUAACAGUAUUUAAAAUCUGAAAUUUUCAUUGAUAAAGUAUUCCUGCAAAUAUUAUGAGAUAGAUUUUCCUUCAUCUAUGGAGAAAACUAAUUCUUAAUUCAAAAUGCUUUUUCUGUAAUUAACACUUAACCUAACAUGAUGCAGGACUGGGCUUGACUGAUUGCUGUACUGAGCGGUACAGUACCUUUGACCUGAAGCAGGUGACAUUAUGCUUAAAUCUAUAAUAGGGUGCAGACAUUUUACAAGGAAGAAAUGUUGCCAGAAUAAGCAGCUGAAAUACUCAUGGAUAUAUAUUUCUAGUGUCUGUUCAAUGCAGCUGUUUGACUUUAACUCUUUGUGUGUACGUGUCAGUUUUAGUAUCCAUUUAUGUACAGUGUUUUGAAACACAAAUGUUUUUUAUAUUUUAAAUCAAAUGUUAUGGACAAAUAAUAAUCAGAUAUACAUUAAACAUGUUUU